CCAACCGUGAAUCCAGCCAUGAAACUCUUUUCAAUAUCUUUUUAUUUUAUUUUGUUCUCAGAAAAGCUCAUUUUAUAGUUUGUUCCUUUCUUCUCUACCUCUCACUCCUAUAGAUCUGUUUCUUUGUUUUCUUACCCUCUUUUGCUUUCAACUUCUCUUCCAGUGAGAGAGUGAGAGAGAAUGGAUAAGCUUUUGUUGCUGGUAGGGCUUAAUGUAGCUUGGCUGAUACUAGGAACUCAAGCAAAUGAGUAUUUAGACUUCAAUGUAACAGAGAUAGACCGCAUUGAGGAACUAGAGUUUGGAUUCUCCAAAUACAGUUCCAAUUUGAACCCUUUACUCGUUGGUCUCACUUUUAUCAGAGGAGCUGACUCAGGAGCUGUUUGUUUGGAUGGAACAUUGCCUGGAUACCACUUGCACCGUGGACAUGGAUCUGGAGCUGAUAGCUGGCUCAUUCAAUUAGAGGGAGGAGGAUGGUGCAACAACGUCAGGACAUGUGUAUACAGGAAGAAGACUAGACGUGGAUCAUCUAACUACAUGGAGAAGGAGCUUCAGUUUACAGGAAUAUUGAGUGAUAAAGCUCAAGAAAAUCCUGACUUCUUUAACUGGAAUAGAGUUAAGCUUCGUUACUGUGAUGGCGCUUCUUUCAGUGGAGAUGGACAGGAUGAGGCUGCACAGCUUCAGUUUAGAGGGGAGCGUAUCUGGAGAGCAGCCAUAGAUGAUUUGAAGGCAAAUGGAAUGCGAUACGCUAGCCAGGCACUUCUAUCUGGAUGUUCAGCUGGUGGUUUGGCAGCAAUAUUACGCUGCGAUGAGUUUAGGAACUUGUUCCCUGAAUCCACCAAAGUCAAGUGCUUGAGUGACGCAGGCUUGUUCUUGGACACAGCUGAUGUGUCUGGUGGACGAACAAUCAGGAACUUAUACAAUGGUAUAGUAGAGUUUCAAAGUGUGAAGAACAACCUGCCUCGUAUGUGCACAAACCAUCUUGAUCCAACUUCGUGUUUCUUCCCAGAGAAUCUGAUCAGUCAGAUGAAAACUCCUCUUUUUAUUGUCAACGCAGCAUAUGAUACAUGGCAGAUUCAAAGCAGUAUAGCUCCAACAUCAGCUGAUCCUAGUGGGUUUUGGCAUGAGUGUAGACUCAACCAUGAAAAAUGCACCUCUGGACAGAUGCGGUUCUUGCAAGGAUUCAGGGAUCAGAUGCUGAGAGUAGUUAAGGGCUUCUCAAUGUCUAGACAGAAUGGUUUGUUCAUAAACUCCUGCUUUGCUCACUGCCAAACCGAGAGGCAAGAUACUUGGUUUGCAGAUGACUCCCCUGUCAUAAGGAAAAAGGCGGUGGCAAUAGCUGUGGGAGAUUGGUAUUUUGAUAGAGCAGAAGUAAAGUUAGUUGACUGUCCUUACCCUUGUGACAGGAGCUGCCACAACUUGGUGUUCAGAUGAUUGACUAUAUACAUACCUUAGAAAGCUUCUCUCAAAUGGAGAGGGUUUUGUAUCCUUAAAGCAUUACCAAUGCCUCAUUGGAGAAUUGUAUGAUUGAUCUGUGCUUCUCUGGAAAACAAUAAUAAAACCCGAAAACAAAGUUUAAAUGCAAUCACAGAGAAAUGAUUCUUCUAA